GUGCACUAUUGCGGGAAACAAGACUCAAGAGUGCAAAAACCUGCUCAACGACUUAAACAAACUCUAUCCAGUGCACCUCACAACAUUUUUCACUCUUCAGUCCUGAGUCUUCGUGAGUGAAGAUGCAAAUCCUGCAAACCUCACAAUUCCAAUUCCUGCCACUCUCUCUCCUCUCAAAAACCCAGCUAAACCCCUGGAAUUCCAAGCUCCAAACCCCAAAUAUCCACCCCAGUUUCUCUAUCCUCUUAUCUUCAUCUUCAUCUUCUUCCUCUUCCCUUCGAAAAUCGUACGCUUCGGAUGAAUUCCCAGUGGACGAGACAUUCCUGGAACAAUUCGGGCCCAAAGACAGAGAAACCGAGGAAGAAGCCCGAAAGCGGAACUGGGUAGAACGAGGUUGGGCUCCAUGGGAAGAAAUUCUAUCUCCUGAGGCAGAUUUCGCCCGAAAAUCGCUGAAUGAAGGGGAAGAAGUGGCGUUGAAAGACCCUGAAACAAUUGAGGCAUUCAAGAUGCUGAAACCCAGUUACAGGAAGAAGAAGAUGGAGGAAAUGGGUUUGACUGAGGACGAAUACUUUGCUAAGCAGUUUGAUAUAAAGGGGGAGCUUUUGGACCCUUUGGAGACUUACUGGGAUGGCCCUUUGAUUGUUAGACAUGUCGCGCCGCGUGACUGGCCGCCUCCUGGUUGGCAGGUUAAUAGGGAAGACCUCCAGUUUAUUAGGGAGGGUCAUAAGAUGAUGGCACACAGAGUUCAAUUGGAGGAUUUGGAAAACAAUGUCUUGAGAGAGAAACAAGGGAUGUCUUUGGAUAGGUAUAAACUAUUUUUAAAGCAGUAUCAGGAAUGGGUUGAAUUUAACAAGGAUAAGUUGGAGGAAGAAUCUUAUCAGCAUGAUCAAGAUUAUUAUCCAGGAAGGAGGAAAAGAGGCAAAGAUUAUGAGGAGGGAAUGUAUGAACUACCAUUCUAUUAUCCUGGACAAAUCUGUCUUGGCAAGGUGACAACUCUGCACCUAUAUCAAGGAGCAUUUGUGGACAUCGGAGGAGUACAUGAAGGCUGGGUGCCUAUUAAAGGCAAUGAUUGGUACUGGAUCCGUCAGCACAUAAAAGUUGGCAUGCAUAUUAUGGUUGAGAUUUUGGCUAAGAGAGAUCCUUAUCGAUAUAGAUUUCCUCUUGAAUUACGUUUUGUGGACCCAAACAUUGAUCAUCUUAUCUUCAAUAGGUUUGAAUAUCCACCAAUUUUUCGCCGUGACGAUGAUACUAAUCCUGAUGAAUUACGUCGUGAUUGUAGAAGACCCCCUCUUCCCAGAAAGGAUCCAGGAGUCAGAGUAGAAGAAGAGCCUCUGUUGUCUGAUCACCCUUAUGUUGACAAGCUGUGGCAGAUUCAUGUUGCUGAGCAAAUGAUCUUGGAUGAUAUGGAGGCUAACCCUGACAAAUAUAAAGGGAGGAAAUUGUCAGAGCUGACCGAUGAAAUAGAGUUUGAUGAAAGGCAUAGUGUGGAAUACACCAAAGCUUAUUACAAGAAAUCUCUGUUACCUAAAAUGAUAUUGAAAACAAGUGUCAAAGAACUUGAUCUGGAGUCAGCUUUUGCUGAGCGUCAGCUCCAUAAUAAACUUGAAAAGGAAGCAGAAGAAAGAGGGGAGGACUACAAAGUUGCCAAACUAAGACGGAACAUAGAGAUGGAUGAGUAUGAUUUCAUCCACUGGCGUCGAUCGUUUGAGGAAAGAGAAGCUUUAUUGCGAGACAUAAGCUGUCGCCAAGCUCUGGGCCUACCAUUACAAGAACCCGGGAGAUAUGUUGAUCCUAGUAUUCUUGGCAAGGAUCAAUAUGACCCUUCAAAUCCCUUGUAUCGCUAUGACUAUUGGGGAGAGCCAAAGAACUCAGAGAAGACUAAGCAAGAACGAAUGACAGAUGCCCACAACAAAUCUAUUGUGGGAAAAGGGAAUGUUUGGUAUGAAAUGUCUUAUGAAGAUGCAAUGGAGGAAAUGAAGCACAGGGAACCCCAUUUAAAGGACAAUGCUGGGAGUAAGAGUGACGAAGAAGCAGAAUUAGAUGAUGACAGUGAUGAUGACUUUGACUACAGCAUUCUUAGUGACUCGAGUGCUGAGUAUGCUAGCCAACCUCAUGUAAAUGGGACACAAUCAUCUAGCAUAUCAGAUGAAGGUAUGUUCGAAGAUUAGUUGACGAUAACUCGGAAAAUUGAAUUUUGUCAUUUGUACAGUAAAUUAAUAGAUUAGGGAAGUAGGAUAAACUGCCAACAUUUCCAAUAGUAUGAGAGACAUAAAUAGUCCGGGUAUUCAUGUAGUCUAAUGAGAUAUCUAUUUCAGAUCCGAAGGGUGAUGAUGUUGUAUAGAUGGACCGGAAAUGAACUUCUGUGAGCUAGGUUUGCUAUGCAAGAGGAUAAAGAAAAUUUAAUUUGCUUCA